AUGGAACCGCAAAGCCCAGUCAAGACGAGAGCGGAGUCGUCGGCCAGAGUACCAAACACGGACGAAAACCGUCCACCGGCGACCAGCUACCCUUGGGAAGCCUCACCCCAUCACAUACCUAACAGCCUACACAGACCAUCAAGAAGCGAGACGUCGAUCCUCUCUACGAACGUCGACCCCGAAGGACAACAGACAAGCAUGUAUAGGCCCGAAAGAGAAAUGUGGAACAUGGGCCAACACGAAGCGCAGCCUGGCGUGGGCAUACAAGCAGCCAAGAGAAGGAGGGAGGGAACCGAAGAUGGAGACACCUCUUUCAAGCUACCAAGAUGGAAUGGGGAUGCGUCGGGGACAUCUGCGAGGGAGCCAUAUGAUGAGGCUAGAGAUUGGGGGACUUCGGAGAUCUGGGGGGGACCCGAGCAGGCGGAUCAGCAGGCGCCGAAAUUUGGAGUCAUCCUUAAGAGCGGCAGAACCGCUUGGACAGACAUUGAUACCGCGUGCCCUAAAGUCAACAACUAUCCAGCCCUACCGCCUGACCAUCCAAACUACGCUCGGACAGUCACCAAACAAGAACUGAAUGCUUUUAUUCUGCGACAUCCUUAUUCGACGCACAAGCGCCAUGAGUUACUUCCGAGAUAUUUCGGCCCCCGGGGCCGGCUCUACAUGAAGGGUGUCGGAAAGGAGUUGAUAGAAGAGUGGUUCCGCGCUCGGGACGACAUCAUCGAGGCGAAAGCACAAUGGCCCGAGGAUAUGAUAUCAGAGACACUCAUGGCCAACUGCGUGCAGAAGUACGGUGAAACCGUGGACCGGCAUUCACGGCUGAAGACGCGUGGGGUGUACUCGGGCAAUGGGACUUUAACAUUGAAUCAGAGACUUGCCGAUCUUAACAAAAAGCUCACGGAGCUCGACAAUCUCUACCUGACGGAGAAGAGAGAGCGUGAGCGGCGGGAUCGCAUGCUCGGGACCCUCCAUGGUCUCCUCACUGGUGAUGUCGGAGAAUACCUCGCCACAUCUCUGCCGGGAAGCCCGACCGACCACGAGGACCGUGCAUACGCGGAGGUCUCGAAGCUCUGGCUGGGCUUCAUGGACGAGGAGCCCGGAGACGAGGAGCCUGAGGACGAGGGCAUGGAUGUCGACGGUCCUGUUUCAGAAGAGUUGGUCAGGAAGAAUGUCAUGGGUCUGAGCCGAAUUCUGAACGUCUGA